AUGCCACUGAAUUUGUCGCGGUUUAAGAAGUUUCCGGAACUUGUCAAAGUUGUGUCGUUGGUGAGUGCAUUAGAAACCAACACAAACUACAACCUGGUCGGGCUGACCAAACGUCCGGCCCAGGCUUUUUGAAGGCCUUCUAACCUAGCAAAACCUGGUCUUUUCGGCCUCUGAUCCACACAUUUCCAGAGUUAGUGAUUCAAUAGGUCUAAAACUUGAACCAUGUCUAAGAAGCCUGCAAAAUUUGGGUCCGUUAGGAAUAUUUCAAUUGGGUCAAAAGUUUAGUGCUCAAAAAGAAUUCGAAAAGCCUGGGCCGAUAUUUUAGAGAACCCUGAACCUAGUCAACAACCUAUUUCAGGCGGCAUCGCUUUCCCUGUUAAUCUACCUGGGAACCAUCAAAUUCCGUCCCCCGGGGAUCUCGCUGAUCUGGUUCACAAUCGGCUGUUCCAUUGUCUUCGACACGUGCACCACUGCCGUUCUUCUCAAAGAAUACGACAUUUCGGUGAUGGCCAUCCGAAUGCUGCCCUACUCGGCCAUCGUGAGUCCUCUUCCGCCUGCUCCCCGUUCUGACCGUUCUCAGGAGUGCGUCGGCUCGAGUCUCGCCGUCAUCUGCUACGUCAUCUCGACGGCGCUUGCGAUCAGCAGCGAAGAAGUCACCGACGACUUCGGAUUCCUCGUCGUGGCGCUCAUUUGUCUCGUGAUUGCCGUCGUCUACACGGUCAACUUUGUGAUAAACGUUCGGAGAUGGAACAAUGGAUCGCAUCAUGAAAGUGAGCAGAAGUUUGUAGAAGAAAUGUGCUAUUGGUUACAGAUCCGUCGGGUGUCUACGAAUACACAAGCUACGGAACCGAUGAAUAA